UCAUAUUGCUGCUACAGCUGUAGUUUGUGAUGAGACUGUAUUAACUUAUGAAUGGAUUUUGGAACAAACAAAACUAGCUACUGGGAAUCUUCAGCCAAAAACAAUUUUUACUGAUGCAGAUCCAGCGAUGCAAGUAGCUAUAUCUAAUCAAUAUCCUGAAACUAUAGUUCAGCAUUUAAUUUCUGAUUUCGAUCAUCACUGGAUGGAACUGAUGAACAAAUAUUCAGAAGUUCAAGGAUAUUGUGAUAGAGUGUUGUAUUUGACUAAAGAAUGUUGGGCUCAUGCAUUUACAAAACAGUGCUUUUCAGCAAAUACGUAUUCAACUCAAUGUGUUGAAAGCAUAAACUGGGUUAUUAAAUUAGAGGCAAACUCUGGAAAUUCUCUAUGCCAGCUUCAAAUUAGGAUCGAAUUACAGCUUAAGGAUGAAGCAAAAUAUGCAAGUUUUCAGGAAUUUAGAAAUAUGAAUCCAACAACUAGUCUUCCUCAUAUUUCUG